GUACAUAAGGACCCAAGCCAUGCACUAUUCAUUAAACUUUAGCAAAUCUGCGGAUCAAUUUAGUUAUGGCAUACUUGAAUGUUUUUCUUCUCAUGAAUUCUUUUUUGCUUAUUCUUAGCUCAAUGGCUAUCAUUGAAGCUGCUACCAUAUUCACCGACGGUAUUAGUCCGCCCCUCAACCGGAGUAGUUUUCCAGAUGGUUUCAUUUUUGGAACAGCUUCUUCAGCUUACCAGUAUGAAGGUGCAGCAAAUGUUGGUGGCAGAGGACCAAGCAUAUGGGAUGCUUACACUCAUAAUUAUCCAGAAAAAAUAUUGGGUAGAAGUAACGGAGAUGUCGCCAACGAUGAAUAUCAUCGUUAUAAGGAAGAUGUCGAGAUCAUGAAGGACAUGAACAUGGAUGCUUACAGAUUCUCAAUCUCUUGGUCAAGAAUAUUGCCAAAAGGAAAGGCUAGUAGAGGUGUGAACAAGGAAGGAAUCAAUUAUUACAACAAUCUUAUAAAUGAACUUCUUGACAAAGGACUUCAGCCCUUUGUGACCCUUUUUCAUUGGGACCUUCCGCAGACACUUGAUGAAGAAUAUGGCGGCUUUUUAAGCCCUAAUAUAGUGAAUGAUUUUCGAGACUAUGCAGAGCUUUGUUAUAAGGAAUUCGGAGAUAGGGUGAAGCAUUGGAUCACAUUGAACGAGCCAUGGACAUUAAGUAAAUACGGUUACGCUGAUGGAAGGUCAGCACCCGGACGAUGUUCAUCCUGGCAUGACCACAAUUGCAUUGGUGGUGAUUCAGCCACUGAACCCUAUAUAGUGGCUCAUAAUCAGUUACUUGCUCAUGCAACUGCCGUCAAAGUUUACAAAGCUAAAUAUCAGGCAUCUCAGAAGGGCUCCAUAGGGAUAACACUAUCAUGUGACUGGAUGGUUCCGCUACAUGAUACAGAAUCAGAUAUCCGUGCGACAGAAAGAGCCGUUGAUUUCAUACUUGGAUGGUUUAUGGAGCCAUUGACAACAGGAGAUUAUCCAAGUUCUAUGCAAUCAUUGGUCGGAAGCAGAUUACCAAAAUUCUCUAAACAUGAAGUCAAGCUUGUAAAAGGGUCCUUUGAUUUCAUCGGAUUAAACUAUUACACUUCAAAUUAUGCUACCGAUGCACCUGAAUUAAGCGAAUCCAGGCCUAGCUUGCUCACAGAUUCUCAAGUCAUUACUACAAGUGAACGUAAUGGAAUACCUAUUGGUCCAAUGACUUCUUCAAUAUGGAUGUCAAUUUAUCCUAAGGGAAUUCAUGACCUGCUGCUCUAUACUAAAACAAAGUACAACAAUCCUUUGAUAUACAUCACUGAAAAUGGUAUAGAUGAGCUCAAUGAUCCAACACUCUCACUUGAAGAAGCCCUUGCAGAUACAGCCAGGAUUGAUUACUUUUAUAAUCAUCUAUAUUAUCUUAAAUCUGCAAUCAAGGAUGGUGUGAAUGUAAAAGGAUAUUUUGCAUGGUCAUUGCUCGACAAUUUCGAAUGGACAUUAGGCUAUAGAGUGAGGACUGGAAUAAACUUUGUAGAUUAUAAAAAUGGUCUCAAAAGAUAUCCAAAAAUGUCAGCCAUAUGGUUUAGAAAUUUCCUACAAAAGAAAAAAGUUAGCUAUGGUGAUUUGCGCUAAGAUGGUCAACUUCAUUAAUGAUGUGUGGCUUAAAUAUGAUUGCAAUGAGCAAUAUUGUUCCACGAUACUUUUGGUAAUGUACAAUACAUUAUCUCAAGAUAUAAGUUGACAAGGUUUUCAAUGGAUUUAAUGAUAGUUGAUGGUAAACAAGGGCUUCCAUAAAUAUUUAUUAGAUUAUGAUAAAGAAAAAAAAGAAUCUAAUCUAGAGUUACUUUUGAAAUU